GUUUCCGUUUUUUUUUUCUAUUAUCGUCUCUUGUUUUAAUUCUUCGAUUCAAUUCAAUUCAACCAGUUUCGGCGGAGCGCCGGAGCGGGGAGUUCUUCUCUCUCUUCCUUCCAAUGGCAAAUCUCUAUGGCUCCGGGCCUCGGCGAUCCAGAGAAGGCCUCACGGCGAGGCCUGUGGCGAGUUCCGACGAGAUUCAGUUGCGGAUCGAUCCGAUUCACGGGGAGUUGGAUGACGAGAUCACCGGCCUCCGGAGACAGAUCGGACAAUUGAAAGGCGUGGCUCAAGAGAUUGGGACGGAAGCAAGGUUCCAGAAUGACUUCAUAAAUCAACUGCAAAUGACUCUCAUAAAAGCUCAGGCUGCGGUAAAGAACAACAUGAGAAGGAUGAACAAGAAAAUCAUCCAGCAGGGUUCGAGCCAUGUCAUGCAUGUGAUACUGUUUGCACUACUCUGUUUCUUUGUAGUAUAUUUCUUGUCUAAGUUCUCUAGAAGAUGAAAAGAUUACAUCCAAGUGUAUGAAAGCGGCUUCCCGCUGGGCUCAUGUCUUCUCCAGCCUUCAAUUUGCCUUGUUAUUGGAGUCUUGCCAACAUAAUUCAUAAAGAUAUAAAGGUUAUCCCGUAAAAUUGAUGUUGAUUGGAACAUAUUAAGUCUCUAAUUUGAUUGUAAAAGCUUCUCAAAUUACUAAUAUUUUGCUCAAACCAUCGUGCUUAUUGUUUGACAUUAUGCUCCAUGAAUCAGGUUAUUUCUUUGCUGUA